UUUACAGGACGUAGGCGGCGGCGGCGGCGGCGGCAGUAGCGGUUACUCCGCGGCCCGCGGCGCACCAUGGCCCUGGCCUGGCGUGUUCGGCCUCGCCUCACCGCGUCCCAGGGCAACGUCGUGGAGCCAGCCGACUUUCGGGACGGAACUGACAUGCGGCUGAGUAGCGACCGGCGCGCUUAGCGCCUUGAACAUGCGGCAGUCCCUGCGGGCGACCCCGAGCUGCGGAGAAGCGGCGGCGGCGGAGGCUCGGGAGCGAAGGCGGCGCCGGCGGAAGGUGGUGGCAGCGGCGGCGGCGGCCGGCGCCUGGCGCGGAGCCCUGAGGAGACCCUCUCGGUGCGGCCUUGGGCCUCGUCGAGAAGGAUGCUGUCCCGCAAGAAGACCAAAACCGAGGUGUCCAAGCCGGCCGAGGUGCAGGGCAAAUCUCAUGCCUUCAUUCAUUCGACAUGGUCCAACAAUUCCAAGACGAACUGAUAUCUGUCUUCCAGAUUCAAACUCUAAUGCCUUUUCAGCUUCUGGAGAUGGAGUAGUAUCAAGAAAUCAGAGUUUCCUAAGAACUCCAAUUCAAAGAACACCUCAUGAAAUAAUGAGAAGAGAAAGCAAUAGAUUAUCUGCACCUUCUUAUCUUGCCAGGAGUCUAGCUGAUGUCCCUCGGGAGUAUGGCUCCUCACAGUCAUUUUUAACAGAAGUUAAUUUUUCUGUUGAAAAUGGAGACUCCAGUUCUCGGUAUUAUUAUUCAGAUAGUUUUUUUGAUGGUCAGAGAAGGCGGCCACUUGGUGAUCGUGUGCAUGAAGACUACAGAUACUAUGAGUACAAUCAUGAUCUUUUCCAAAGAGUGCCACAGAAUCAGGGGAGGCAUGCUUCAGGUAUUGGAAGAGUUGCUGCUACAUCUUUAGGGAAUUUAACUAACCAUGGGUCUGAAGAUUUCCCCCUUCCUCCUGGCUGGUCUGUGGACUGGACAAUGAGAGGGAGAAAAUAUUAUAUUGAUCAUAACACAAAUACAACUCACUGGAGCCAUCCUCUUGAACGAGAAGGACUCCCUCCUGGAUGGGAAAGAGUUGAGUCAUCAGAGUUUGGAACAUAUUAUGUAGAUCACACGAAUAAAAAGGCUCAAUACAGGCAUCCCUGUGCUCCUAGUGUACCUCGGUAUGAUCAACCGCCUCCUGUCACGUACCAGCCACAACAGACUGAAAGAAACCAGUCCCUUCUGGUCCCUGCAAAUCCUUACCACACUGCAGAGAUUCCUGACUGGCUUCAGGUCUAUGCUCGAGCCCCCGUGAAAUACGACCACAUUCUGAAGUGGGAACUCUUCCAGCUGGCUGACUUGGAUAAAUACCAGGGACUACUAAAGUUGCUCUUCAUGAAAGAACUAGAACAGAUUGUUAAAAUGUAUGAAGCUUACAGACAGGCUCUUCUCACUGAGUUGGAAAACCGCAAACAGAGGCAGCAGUGGUAUGCUCAGCACCAUGGCAAGAAUUUUUAAGUUAACUUUUUAAAACAAUUUUAAGUUUUAUAAGAGCUUUAAAAUAUUUUUCAAAUAAAGCUGCAAACAAGAACUUUGGUUAAUAAAGGCAGCUUACUUUUUGGUAAUGAUAAAAUUCAAAUUUUACAUGUUAUUUUGCUAUUAGAAGUUUUCUUUUAUUAAACAAGUGGAUUUAUAAUUUUAAGAACUUUCAAAUGCUAUAUAUUAGGAAACUGCUUUGAAUUUGAUUAAAAAUGCAGCAAGAAAAGGUCAUCAUCAGAUGUUCAAUAGGAAGUGAUUACUCAUAGCAGCAGUAACUUUCUAAAAAAGGAAGAAUCUAUGCAGUAUUUUAAAAUAUUUUUUGUGCUUUCAAGUGGAAUUACCAUGGUGUAAUUCAAAUACAACACAGGAUUUGGAACCUCUAUUGUGAUGAGUUUCUAAAUGCUAUCUCCUCCCACUCCUCAAAUUUAAGGAACCCUUGGAAGCAUGUUGAGAAUAUCUUUCAGGAAUAAGUUUAAACAUCAGGUCUUAGCCUGUGUGGAAAGGGGUGUGCAACACUAAAGCAUUGCUAAUGUGUCUUCCUUAUUGCCAGAGCUUUUACUGCUUUUCACUUGACUUUGGUGAGACAGUCCAGAGUUCCUGUUAACAGCGCACUGGCUUCUGACAGACUGGGUUAAGAUGCCAAAAAUGACAAUCAGGGAUUCAAUAAGAGAUCUUGGUCAUUAAAUCAAUUUUAUAUUGCUUUUUUUAUCAUAGAGAAUGUCACGGAACUUUUAAAACCAUAUACUUCAUUCCCAUUUUCCCCAAUUUGGUUUAUUCUUGCAAAGGUAUUGCUUGUAAUUAGCACAGAACAUUUGAUUACAAAUUCAUGAUACUUCUAGCCUGUAAAUCUCUAGAAUCUUGUGAAUUUCAUAGCUCUUCAUUUAUCUUACACCUGUUGUAAAUAUGUAGACAUAUUUUUAAACUUAGUCUUCCAAAAUUCAAAGCACUCCCAAUUAGAUAUGACCUUGAUGAUUGAUAAAAUGUUAAGUGUUUGAUUUUAUAUGAGUUUAUUAAAUAUAUUUUUUGGAAACUACA